AUGCCAUACGACAUAAUGACUAUGGACUGCCAGUUCGGCUUCCGCAGAGGGCGCUCCACGGUGGACGCUAUCAUGUUCGUGAUGAGGAAGCAAUCCUCCUCAGCCAGAGACGAUCUCCGGCCACCAACUAAAUGCACCAAUCCUUUAGAAACCACAUCCACGACUACAACUACUAUUACUCCGAGAAGAAGUUCGAGAACCAGACCCAAUAAAACCACUAAAAUGUUCGAGUGGACCAGUUCGACGAACUACGCGAAAACAAAAACACGGAACUUCCCGUUAAGAUGGUUGGCGGAUUCAUCAUAUUGUGGCAAGCGUUAUGAAGUAUCAGCAAUAAUACACCACGAGAACUUCACAUAUUUUGUCAAUGAUAUAGCAUUAGUACGGACCAGGGAGCCGGUCGGCCUGGGCCCCACGGUGGCGACUGUCUCUGUGAACAACCUAGGCACCGAAAAUCUUUAUUUGACAUCCAAAGUCAAACUUAUUGGUUGGGGCUCUGCGGGUAGUUCCAAUUCAAAAGUUCUACAGGAGGUGUCGAUUCAGCUAAUCGGCUGGGAUCUUUGUGCCAAUAUAUACUCUAAAAAAGGCAUUACCACCACCAAUAUGAUAUGCGGUGAACGUCCAACAGGUGAAGGAAUGUGUGCGUUUCAUUUGGGUGGCCCUCUAGUCCUUGGGGAUAUUUUGGUGGCGAUUGCGUCAAGUUUUAGUUGCCAGGAUAAGAAGAUCCAAGAUUUGUAUACCAUGGUAAGCAGGUACACCGAAUGGAUCCAGCAGGAGUUUCAAGCCAUGCUAGAGGCCCAUAUUCAUGAGCAGGAUUCCGCGAUACGCGACUCAGCGGCUGUCGCGCUGCUACUGGCUACUCGAGUCUGCGGGCCCAACGCGCCCUCUGCCGCGAUGCACGCACACUUUCUUCUAACCGUGGCGUCCGCAGCGACGGCACGCGCGACACAGUUGGUACGCUAG